UGUAAUGCUCUAGUUUGGUGACUUACUGCCUGCUACAUGCAGUCUUUGUGUUGUCAAUCAACAUCUAUAAGAUCUGAAGACAGAAUGAAAAGUGCUACAGCUUUGCUGCUGACCCUUUGCCUGUCAGGGGCUUUGGUUCAGGCAGAGACAGCCUCACAUUCUGAUAUCAGUGCUGAGCUGGGAGCACUGAGAGCCACGGUGGAGGAACUGAGGUUGAUGGAGAGCAGACUGGCUGCAAGUGAAAGCAAAGUACAAGCUCAGGAGGACUCCGUUAAGGAUCUAAGAGCUGAGCUGGAUGUGACCAAGAAGGAGUUACUUCAGUACAAAGAGCAGGCAGAAGAGAUGGGAAAAAAGCUGGCAGAUGGACCCAAAGUAGCUUUCUCUGUGGCUUUGACUGGAGCAGUGGGACCAUUCAACGUUGAAAGUACACUGAUCUACCCAAAAAUCAUCACUAACAUCGGCAAUGCUUACAACACCUACACAGGUGUAUUCACAGCACCUGUCAGGGGCGUCUACUUCUUCAGGUUUAAUGCCAUGGAUGACCGGAAAAACAACCACAUGGGUGCAGCAUUGUACAAGAACAACCAAAGAGUGCUUCUAAACUAUUCCUGGAAUCACUGGGACGACCAUGAGCAUGUUUCCAAUGGAGUUGUCCUAGAGCUCUUGCAGGGCGAUGUAGUGUACAUGCGUCUUCCUGCUUGGUACAGAGUCACCGAUUUUGUUGAACAUCACUUCAACAUUUUUAGUGGUUUCCUUAUCUUUUCCAUGUGAAAAUAACAUGGCAGGAGUGUGGAGUGUGAGGCUGUGUGUUUCUCACUGAAAAACACUUCCACUUUGCUUAGUAAAUAUACUGUGUGUCACAUGUUCUCUUAACACAAGGUAAAGCACAAAUUACAAAAAAAUUACAAUAAAAUAAGCAUUCAUAAAAACA